GGCUGAUCUCCUGUGUGUUUUACGGCCAAUACAAGCAAGAAAACUUGUAGCUUCUUGGAAGCAAACCUCUCAGGGCCCUGGAACCCAAAGCCAGCCAGAUGUUAACUCUUCAACUUCAUCAUCCCUUCUCACCUCUUCUACCUCCUCUCGCUCCUCCCUGUCACCUUGUCCAUCACCCAGAAACCUGCUUAAUGCCGAUUGGGUUGACCACUUUGAAAUUCCUACUGAAAGAUUUCCUGAGGCUCUGAUGCAAUGUCUGGAGAGAGGCAAGAGGCCCAUCCCGAGUUUAAGACGAGAAAUGAUCAGAAUUGUUGCAGCAGAGAUGAUGAAGGCGUGUCCGUCUCCUACAAAGCAUGCUUCUACAGAAAUCGCCAAAAAGUUAGUUGGCAAGUAUCCUCAGUCAUUGAAGGAUGUCAUCGAAGGGGACGUUGUGGGGACCGGAUACCACAGCCUUGUUAAACAGCUUCAAGCCCGUAUAGACAACAAAAAGCGCCAUGCAACCCCAAGAAUACAUAAACGCAAAUCGUUGUCAAACUCUGACACAGAUGAGGUCCCAGCAGUAAUGAAAGCGUCAGUCCAGGAUACGUAUGGCUGUGUUAAGUGGGACAUGAAGUUCAUGCCAGUCACAGAAACCCUGGAAAGCCAAAAUGAAAAGAAAGGAAAAAUGAGGUUUCUGUGGGAACAAGCCACUUUCAACCCAGACGAGGUGAAGGAAUUGAUGGAAUCCACGUACUAUUCACAGCGUAAGGCAAUUAACAAUGGAACAGCUCUUCAAACACUGAGAGAAGAAUGGCCUUUUUUGUUUCACGAAAUUGGGAUUUCUGCCCACUACCAGGAGCUAACAGGACUGCCACUGAUGCAGACAUUCCUGAAAAGUGUGGGAAAAAAGGGAAAACAGCUCCUAAACUUCAUGGCAACUGUUUGUGCAAACAAGACCAGGCGUGUCUUUGAGACAUUGACCAAGCUAAGGUUCCAGAGAGGGCAGUUGGAGGGCUGCUCGGAUGAUGUGAAGGAUAUGCUGCUUUUGCUGCUUUCCUACUUUAAUGAAGACGAGGCAACCAUGUUCCACUACACUGAAGAAACCAACCAGGCAGCCGACGUUCAGGUGGACUGCUUGCCGGUGACGCCAUGCAUCAUUGUGUGUGGAGCCUCCUGCUACAGUGCCAAUAGAUUCAUGCUGAGCAUUGACGGCAAAAUUGUUAAUGACAACAUCGCCCAAUUCAUCGCUGCCAUCAACGUAAUGUUCGGCAGCUACUACUGCCUGAACAUCCACUAUCCAGUACAGUUGAGAUCAACGCUGGAGUUCCUUCAGAGGUGUUUCUUCAACAUCAAUCCAGAGAGGGGUACAAAGGUUGAGAUGAAAAAAACCAAGAAGCAACUGACGGUAAACCCUAGGGUCCUUACCCUCAUCUCUGAUCUAGCAGAUCAUGAGUGGAGAGAGACUAAUUAACAGUCUGGAUACCCACUCCAGCAAUGCAAUAGCUUCAUAGGCACACACACACACACACACACACACACACACACACACCGCAACGACCCACACACUCUGCCCUGCACUUGCCCCACUUGCCCAAAACUUAUUUUGUCCUUUUUUUGUUAUUCUGUUUUUUCAUACAUGUUCGGAUUUUAUUGCUGUUUAUUGCUGUUAA